CAUUGCAAUGAUCAUGUGCGUUUGUACUUUAAAGUGCUACAUCAAAUUGAAUUAGAUCCGUGUCAAUAGGAAACUCAUUCCUUGCGAUUUUCGAGACGAGACGAAUGUUAUAUUUGGUGUUAUUGUGUCUGUUUUGUAUGUCUGAAGAUGUUAAUGGUGAUAUUAACGAAACGUUACCCGACAAUAUAGGCACAAUUUUACAUGGAUUUGAAGCAGAUGGCAAGAAGAUCGUACGAAGUUUAGAGAACUUGGCAAAAAAGCAAACAAACGCCCGUUAUGCUGUCAUUUUUACACAAACAUGCAUCAAUGAGAACCUGCUGCCCAAAUUUACACAUUUUAGACUGAAUGAUCAGGCAGUGCAGCAAAGUGAAGAGGCGUUAAGCUUCAGAAAACAUCUUCUAAAAGAAGAGGCCAAGAAGAAGAAAAAGGUUCUUGAAGAAAUCAGCGAGAAGAUUGCUGAUGUGUCGAGAUCUUAUCAAGAGCUGCCAAUUUCGAAUGAUCUACGACAGAAAACUGAUAGUGCUCUGCAGGAGCUGACUGAAACCCAUGAGCGUGUUGUCAAGACAAGGAUCCAGAGGAAGCUAUCGUCGUUAUAUGGUGGUGACAUCACUCUACCUGAACAACGGGACAGCUAUGUCAACUUGUCAUCAUACGUACUCACGCAAGACCAAAAGGAUUUUCUCAAUUUGGGUCUCAACUGUCGUCUCUACCCGAAGCAAAGCCAGCAAGAAAAGAAGGCUGAAGUCGAGCUACUCUACGAGCAGAUCUGUGAUCGUCACAGAGAUGGGAAUAUUGAGGUCAACCCAGACAUACAGGAGCAGCUCUCGGCAGAGAGCACCAAAACCAGAGGCACCAACAGAAGCGGCAUCCUCACUCCCAGACUCCGUCAGGCUGCCAAGCAACUCAAGGACAACCCGGACAUCAUCAUCAGGAGAGCAGAUAAGUCGUCUACUUUCGUCAUCCUAAACCGCGCUGACUACCUUGAAAAAACUGACGCUAUCCUGAGUGACACGUCGAAGUUCCAGAGACUGCGAAGAAACCCAAUCGAGAAGCAAAAGAGGGACUUAAAUGCACUGAUCGACGCUGCUAAUGCGGAGGUCGAUGGUGUUAAAUUCCGCAAACUAUCCGCACGAGACUGGUGAUGCCCUUCCC